AGGAAGCAGAUCCCAGGAAUUCUUUGCAACACAACAUGUUCAUUUAAGGUAUCAAAGGAUGAAUUCAUCGAGUUAGCACGAAAAUCCGGCAACUUCAGUGAAGCUUCCAUAGAAUUUCAGCAGCGAGUUCUCAAGAGUUGCGGGAUAGGCAAUGAGAGCUACAUGCCUAGAGUAGUUUUUAGGCCAGACCACAAUAUCACGCUCAACGAUGGCAGAGAGGAGGCUGCAAUGACCAUGUUUGGGGCCAUAAAUGAGCUCUUGGCUGCCACGAAAAUACGACCAAGGGACAUUGGGAUCCUAGUGGUCAACUGCGGAGUACUAAACACGACUCCAUCAUUGUCAUCAAUGGUGAUAAAUCAUUUCAAGCUAAAGAAUGACGUUCAAAGCUUUAACCUAGGGGGCAUGGGUUGUGCAGCAGGGAUUGUAGCCAUCGAUGUGGCCAAAGACCUUUUGAAGGUGUAUCCGGGUACAUAUGCAUUGGUCGUCAGCACAGAAGCUGUGAGCUUUACGUGGUACAAGGGCAAUGACCGCGAUAAGCUCAUCUCCAACUGCUUCCUCCGAAUGGGGGCUGCCGCUAUGUUGCUUUCAAGCUCUCGCUAUCAUAGAUGGCGAGCCAAGUACGAGCUCAAGCAUCUGCUCCGAACUCACCAAGGCAUGCACGACACAAGCUUCAAAAGCAUGCACAUAGCAGAAGAUGCAAAAGGAACACAAGGUGUGUCUAUCAACGACAACGCCGUGGAGGCUUUGCUUUCUUCUGUGUCCUGGCACUUGAAGUUCCUCACCAACAAAACUAGGCUUUUCGAGCACAUUUGCAUAGUGGCAACGAGCAAAAAGGUGCUCGAUGAAAUAGAAAUGAAGCUAGAGCUCACCGAGGACAACACGGAGGCUGCAAGAAAAACAUUAGAGAGAUUUGGCAACACUUCAAGUAGUAGCAUCUGGUAUGAACUGGCUUACUUGGAGUCAUCUACAAACAUCAAGAACGGCCAUCGGAUUUGGCAGAUCUCCUUCGGCUCCGGAAUCAAGUGCAACAGCCUCGUUUGGAAAGCUCUGAAGAAUAUUGGCAGCACUAACCAAAGUCCAUGGGAAUGUUGAAGAGCACAGGACGCUCUCCUUUGUAUCCAUAUACAGUUUUUUUUUUUCCUUUUUUUUCCCCUUUUAAUUCGGUCCCACCAGGCCAUUAUAAUCAGUGUUCAAGGAUCAUAUUCAUAUAUAAAUCCCUACUCUUUAACCAAUAAGCUCAAUAUUUUCAAAGUUUCCAUCUCUGUUAUCCGGUCUCAAACACCUGAAAACGCUAAACUAUCUUAAAGAGGCAUAUUCUCGCCGCUCAUAUGACAUAGGAAUAAUAGGUGGACUGACAUAUAGAAUAGAAAAAAGGCCUAAUGUGGCAUUCACACACACACACACAAAGAAACGGUU